AGGUGGGUUUUUUUGCUCCACACUUCACUUGAAGGAUGAGAGCUUUGAAACACCUUAAACAUCACUCCCGGAGCAAUGUGGAGGAGCAUGCAGUUCCUCUGGUGUGCUGCUACAAUGAAGUGAUGGGGAAUGUGGUGGAUGCUGGCACACAAACUGAUCCAGUGGUGGUCCUGUCCCUGGCUCAAGCCGCUGUGCUAGGUCUCAUAUCUCAGAAUGAAAUCUUUGGCACCACCAUCGCCCCUAAUGGCUUUUACACUGGAGAGGCUCGUGAAUGCCCACCUCCACCUCCAGAUGCAAUGGAGUAUGAGUAUUCAGACCAGUUGAUUGGCGCAAAUGGAGACUACCUACCUGAGCCCAAUGGAGAAAAUAGGAGGCCACAUGGACUUUUGGGGGUGGAAAAGAGGCGUUCAGGACCUCAGGGAAAGGCCAAGAGGCACCAACGUGAAAACAAAGAGGCAGUAGAACUGGCUAAGAAAUCCAUAAAUGUACAGACUUGGGUGAAAGGAGAGCAGCCUGAGUAUUCAAUCCCCUGUUAUUACUCAAAUGUUCAUUGCAAUGACAGCGAGUCUGAAGUGUUGGACCUUGCCCCCCACAGACUGACAUUAAAGGAGGAGCAAAAUAAAGGCAGCCCUGAGGAUGCAAAGGAGUCAAACACCCAGCAGAGCGAUCCAGAUUCAGACACAACUUCACAGGAUGCUGAUCACACACAGGAAAUAGAAGCAGGCAGCCAGCCUGAAGGAGGACACACCAAAGAGGAGGGGCCAGACAAGCAAAGAGCACCGAAUCUUAAGACUCCUGAGGAAGAAGUGAGCCCUGUGAUAAGACGCUACUAUGAAUCUAGUAUUUUGACCUAUGAAGCUGCUGAGUCAGACCUGACACCAGCAGACUAUGAUGAUGGUGUGCAGGUGGCGACAUGGGCAGAUGGUGAGAAUCCUGCAGCCCGCCGUGUGCAGAUUGACCGUCUGGACGUCAAUGUGCAGAUCGACGAGUCAUACUGUGUGGAUGUGGGUGAAGGCCUGAAGCGCUGGAAGUGCCGGAUGUGUGAGAAGUCUUACACAUCAAAGUACAAUCUGGUUACACACAUCCUGGGUCACAGUGGGGUCAAGCCACAUGAGUGCCUGCACUGUGGAAAACUGUUCAAGCAACCAAGCCACCUGCAGACACAUCUGCUUACGCACCAAGGCACAAGGCCACAUAAGUGUACUGUGUGCAAGAAGGCCUUCACACAGACCAGCCACCUCAAGCGCCAUAUGCUGCAGCAUAGUGACAUCAAGCCAUACAGCUGCCGCUUCUGUGGACGUGGGUUUGCCUACCCCAGCGAGUUGCGCACACACGAGGCCAAGCACGAGAAUGGGCGGUGUCAUAUUUGCACACAGUGCACCAUGGAAUUCCCCACCUAUGCCCACCUCAGGCGGCACCAGGUCAGUCACCAGGGGCCUGCCGCCUUUCAGUGUAGUGAGUGCCAUAAGAGCUUUGCCUACCGGAGCCAGCUGCAGAACCACCUAAUGAAGCACCAGAACAUGCGGCCCCACAUUUGUUCUGAGUGUGGCUUAGAGUUUGCACAGGUUCACCACCUCAAACAGCACCUGCUCACACACAAGGUACUAGCACAGCAGGCCCUCGAACACAAGGGGAUGAAAGAGUACAAAUGUGACGUGUGUUCACGUGAGUUCACCCUGUCAGCCAAUCUGAAGCGCCACAUGCUGAUCCACACCAGUAUGCGACCUUUCCAGUGCCACAUCUGCUUUAAGACCUUCGUCCAGAAACAGACCCUCAAAACCCACAUGAUUGUCCACCUUCCAGUCAAACCCUUCAAAUGCAAGGUGUGUGGGAAAUCAUUUAAUAGAAUGUAUAACCUACUUGGCCACAUGCACCUUCAUGCUGGUAGCAAGCCCUUCAAGUGCCCCUACUGCAGCAGCAAGUUCAACCUAAAGGGAAAUCUUAGCAGGCAUAUGAAGGUGAAGCAUGGAAUUCUAGAUGUCUUGCCUGAUGGCCAAGACAGCCACCCUGAUAUGGAAGGUCAGGAGGACUAUGAAGAAGACAGCUUUGACUACAGUGAAAGAGAAAAUCUGGCUAACAACAACACACAAGACUUGGCCAAACUGGCUGAGAUGGGCUUUUACAACUAUACAAAGGCUGCUGCAUACUACACCACAGCAUAAUGCACUGUGAGACACUCAAACUCACCAAUGGCCUGUUUUUUUAAACCUCAAAGUUUUAACAUAGACUAAUGAUGAAAUGGCUGCUGGUGGUCAUGCACUGGUAUGUUGAUUACUCUGUAAGAGGAAAUCAUUUAUAUGCCUCCAGACCAUUAGAGCUUCUUAGGUUCUAUUUAAACGCAAAUGUAAUACUAUAUUUAGGUGUCACACAGUGGGUAAUAAUUUGAGGACAUCAGCUGAAAAUUCCUUGUCUAUAAUGAUCUAAUGCCAUACUCCACUUCAGAAAGCUUUCAAAAAUAACAUUUUUGUGAUAAAUUCAAAAUUGCCAUGCAGCAGUCUAUACAGGGGCACUUAACAGACAACCCUCAGCCCUUCGGAAAAUAUCCCUGAUGUAAUUGUAAACCAUCAAAGCUUAUACAAAAACAUAAUGUAGAAUAAUAAAUUGUACUUAACAUAAAAAAAGUGAUGAACAAAAUAGAUUAGGAACAUCAUCAUAAAAAUGCUAUGAUCCGGUUAACUAGCUUAUUCACUUCUAGUAAAUCACCUUACAUUUGUCACAUGCAAACCCAAGUGGGAUUUUAGUAGGAGCCUUGAUUUGCAUGGUCAUAUUCAGCUAAUUAUUUAACAAUAGCCAAAUCUGUCAACAUAAACUAGAUCCAUCAAUACUAUUUUGUUCAUUAUUAGCAUUAGCUAAAUCAGCUAGCCAUCUUAGCAUGCAAGUUACGUGUCUUAAAGUUUCUAGGUACCAGUACCACAUCAUUCUUAAAUUUUGGAUGUGGGGAGUCCAAAGAAGUGGAGUGUAUUUUGUGGCAUUGAUAACUGAUUCGCAUACACUCCCUGAAUCAGAUUUUUAAGGAAUUUUGUGGUUUUAUGUGUGAUAUUGAAAAAAUUCUCAAUUUAUAUAAACAGAAUCAGGUGAAAGAGGAGUUAACUAUUUAAAAUGUUUUCAGGGUAGGGGUGUGCCAUUUGACAAAAAUAUAUCACAUCACGAUUAUUUCUAUGAUGUAUCACGAUAUAGGUUUUCUCUCAAACAAGCAAUACAGUAGUGUUGCAUUAACAAAUGGUUAAAUCAAAGCAAAUUUAUUAUUAAUAAAAAAAUUGAAUACAUUUUUAUUUUUACAUUUAUUUUAUCAGUUUUUGUAUUAUUUCGUUUUUUUUGCUUUAUUUUAAAAAAUAUUUAACACUGAAAGAGAAACCAAUUUUUAAAAAAUCUGUAGCGCUCCCAAGUGGCGCAAGCCAGAGACUGCGAUUUUGAAUCACAAAGAUGCCACAGCCAUCCUUUGCCAGGAGACAAAUAGAGCAAAAUUGGCCAUGUUCAGAGAUGUGGUCAGCUGGUUUCAUGUGCCCUGUUGGAAGCACAUGAUAGCCUUUGUUUUUUUGUUUAUGUUUUAAUAAAACUUAAUAUUUUACAAUUUUAAAGACCAAGUACAAAAUUUGUACACAUCAGCUUGUAAUUAUUUAAAAAAUUAUAUCUUUUCUAAAAUGUAUAAAGAGAUUCACAGAAAAGUGAAUUGUAGCAUAAUAUAAUAUCCAUAAUGUGAUAAAUUGUCAUUUCAUCCAGGGGACUUACUGCCAUUGUAACUUAUUUACACCACAUGCACACAGAUAAUCUGGAAUUGAGUAGAAACUUGUCUUUCAUGUUAGCAGCUACUACAAAAGCAGACAAUGUGCAAAAUCUUGUUUGUUUGGCUUCUAACCAUGUGGUACAACUUAAUUUCUGAUAUCUUAAAUUAAAAAAACAAAAGUUUUGACAAAUUGCUUGAGGAACACUUAAGUGACUGCAAACUGCAUCUACUGUCCAGGUCCCAUUGCAGAAACAGUUCAGUGUCAUACCUUUCUGGUAUAUUUGUGCCAUUUUUAUUUUGCACAAUUUUAUUUUCUUGGGAUGCUCAAGGGUAACAUACUUUUGAUGUUUCAUAUCUGUAAAGCACUCUACAAUUUUUAGUCUGGGAUUAUAUAUGGGGUUUAAAAAACAGUAACUAAAGCUUUAGAGAUAAAGCUAAAGAAAGAUUACAUAUUCUUACCACAUUUGUUUACCUGACAAUACAAGGAACACUUAAAAUGCCCAGGAAAAACAUCACACCAUUACACCUAAGGCUAUUUUUGGUCUCUAAGGCAGAAUGUGAAGAUCAUGCCCCAAACAACUUUAUUACAACUAUAUUAACUAUCCAUGUGUAACACUGUGUACCAUCCAUCUUUUCCAUAUGGUGCUCUAAAGUGAUGAAUUACAGUCUGCAAAUGUGUGGCAGGACCAUAGAUGCAAGACAGAAUGAUUGUAAAGUUAAGUAGAAACAAUAAUUUUACAGAAAAUUUCUCAUUCACACCCUCUGAACAGCCACCUGGACAAUGCUACAUGUUAAUAAAGCACAUCCUAGUCAAGAAUGGACAUUUCUACUGUUUUAAAUGCUGUCCUGAAUUCUUCAGGUAUCCUGCCAUGCUAAGCAAGGCAAGUCUUGUUUUGUAUAAGCUUUGAUUUUGUUUGCACAUCAUUGUGAAUAUGCUGUUGAUAAAGUUCUAUGUUAAUUGUGGUGCUCUGGACAACACUGUAUAUUAAUAAAUUUACCUUUAAAACUGG